CCUAUAUGAAUCCAACCACUCCACAUGUUUUUGGAAUGAGUUUCAUCUAAUCUGUUUAGUAUAGUAUUUAUUCCAUCUCCCAAGAAAGAAUCUUCAACCCAACCCAUCAUUACAUUUUGUUUCUUCACUCUCUCUUCUCUUGAUUUCACCACCACCUCAACAACAACAACUAUAGUAUUACUAACUAUGUGACAAACAAAGUUAUAAACAUGUUACUAGUAAUACCUUAAUACUCUGUCUGAUGCAACCAUAAACUCACUACUACUACUUCUUACUUUGAUUGGAAUCACCAAACAUAAAAUCAAGCUACAAUUUUACCAAGAAUCUCUGCCACCCCAAGUACUAUCAUCAACUUUGGGACCCCUACCUAUACAAAGAAAAAGUACAUGUUAAACAAAUACUAUUCAGGCUCUUUCACAUGUAAAAACAAAGAAAACUAUACAAAUUUAUGACUUUGUAUUGCUAAAUAUUAAAAAAAACAAAUAAACUUUGUUGAAGUGUUGUGAGGAUGUUAGAGAAAUUGGAAGAGUUCAACAUGGACAAAGUUAUAGAAGAAUUUGAGGCACUGAGCACAGAUGCAGAAAGAGUUCAGAGAGAAACACUUAGAAGAAUUUUGGAGGAUAAUGCAUCAGCAGAAUAUUUGCUGAAUUUUGGUCUUAAUGGAAGAACUGAUCCUGAGAGUUUCAAGGCUUGUGUUCCGAUCGCUACUCAUAAAGAUUUGGAACCUUUUAUUUAUAGAAUUCUUGAUGGUGAUGAUUCAACUAUUCUUACUGGAAAACCAAUUACCACUAUGUCUUUAAGUUCUGGCACUACUCAGGGGAAGCCAAAAUAUAUACCGUGGAACGAUGAAUUAUUUGAGUCCACAAUGCAGAUAUAUCGAACCUCUUUCGCCUAUAGGAACAGAGAGUUUCCUAUUAGCAAAAAUGGGAAGGCGUUAAACUUUAUAUACGGUAGCAAACAGUUCAAAACAAAAGGGGGUCUAAUAGCUACAACUGCUACAACCAAUGUGUUUCGUAAUCCAUCUUACAAACCGACAAUGAAGGCACUUCAAUCCCAAUGCUGCAGUCCAGAAGAAGUGAUAUUUGGUGGUGAUUUUUUCCAAUCAUUAUACUGCCAUCUAUUAUGCGGGUUGAUUUUUCGAGAGGAAGUUCAGUUGGUAUCUUCGACAUUCGCACAUAGCAUUGUCCUUUCUUUCAGAACCUUUGAACAAAUUUGGGAAGAGCUUUGUAAUGAUAUACGAGAAGGGGUUCUUAGCAGCAGAAUCACAGUUCCAUCUAUUCGAACCGCUAUGUCUAAAUUACUUAAACCAAAUCCGGAAUUAGCUAACAUAAUCCACAAAAAAUGUAUCGGAUUAAGCAACUGGUAUGGUUUGAUACCGGUGCUUUUUCCGAAUGCAAAAUACAUUUAUGGAAUCAUGACAGGUUCUAUGGAACCAUAUUUGGAAAAAUUGAGGCACUAUGCCGGGGUGCUACCUUUGUUGACUGCCGAUUAUGGAGCUUCUGAAGGGUGGAUAGCUUCAAAUGUUAAUCCGAAAAUUCCACCAGAAUUGGCAACUUAUGCUGUGCUUCCUCAAAUUGGUUACUUUGAGUUCAUUCCUCUCAAACAACUUGAGAAUGAAGAUACUUUCCUAGGUGUUGAUGUUCAACCUGUAGGACUCACUGAGGUGAACAUUGGUGAAGAGUAUGAAAUUGUUAUGACCACUUUCACAGGUUUAUACAGGUAUAGGCUAGGGGAUGUGGUAAAGGUUAUGGGAUUCCAUAACGCAACACCAGAACUCAAGUUUAUUCGUAGGAGUAGUCUUCUACUGAACAUUAACAUCGACAAGAACACAGAGAAAGAUUUACAGUUAGCUGUAGAAGCAGCAGCAAAAAAUUUAGUAGAAGAGAAAUUGGAAGUUGUUGAAUUCACAAGUCAUGUUGAUUUAUCGAAAGAUCCUGGAAACUACGUAAUCUUUUGGGAAAUCAACGGCGAAGCCAGUGAAGAAGUGCUAAGUGAAUGUUGCAAUUGUUUGGAUAAGUCUUUCAUUGAUGCAGGUUACACUAGUUCGCGUAAAGUCAAUGCUAUUGGAGCUUUAGAACUUAGAGUUGUUAGAAGAGGAACCUUCCAGAAGAUUCUUGAUCAUUACCUUGGAUUAGGAACUGCUGUUAGUCAAUAUAAGACACCAAGAUGUGUUGGUCCUACACACAGCAUUGUGUUGCAAAUCUUGAGUGAAAAUGUUGUCAAGAGCUAUAUCAGUACUGCUUUUGAUUGAAUAAUAAUAAUAAAAAUCAUACUUGACAUUAUUUUGUAAAAAAAUAAUAUUUGACAUUCGGAGUAACUUUCAUUCUAUAAA